GAGAGCCCGUGGACGUGCUGAAGAUCCUCCAGCUCCACUCCCUGCCCGAAGGCGUCAAGAAGGUGCCGGGUUUCUGCUCCCAACGCGGCGCCGGCUCCGACGUCGCCUACCGGAUAACGCGGCAGGCGCAGCUCAGCGCGCCCACCCGGCAGCUCUUUGCCGCAUCCCGCUCCGAGGGGUGUCCUCGGUGGCACCUCGGUGACACCUCGGUGUCCUUCCCCCCCCAGGGUGACCGCGGCUUCGACGGGCUACCAGGGCUGCCGGGUGACAAAGGCCACCGGGGCGAAACCGGCUCGCAGGGGAUGCCGGGACCCCCCGGCGAGGAUGGCGAGAGGGGUGACGAUGGAGAAGUGGGACCCCGAGGACUCCCCGGAGAAGCGGGACCCAGAGGUCUGCUCGGCCCCAAAGGCCCCCCGGGAAUCCCCGGCCCCCCGGGCGUGCGUGGCAUGGACGGUCCCGUCGGUCCCAAGGGGAACCUGGGGCCGCAAGGGGAGCCCGGACCCCCCGGUCAACAGGGGACCCCAGGAACCCAGGUGAGCACCCCCAUUUCGAAGGUCUCCCUGGAGGAGAUCUACAGCGGUUGCACCAAGAAGAUGAAGAUCUCCCACAAGCGUCUCAACCCCGAUGGGAAGACGGUGCGUAACGAGGACAAGAUCCUCACCAUCGAGGUGAAGCGGGGUUGGAAGGAAGGCACCAAGAUCACCUUCCCCAAGGAGGGCGACCAGACCCCCAACAACAUCCCUGCCGACGUUGUCUUUGUCCUCAAAGACAAACCUCAUGGCGUCUUCCGCCGGGAGGGCUCGGACAUUGUCUACCCGGCGAAGAUCAGCCUCCGCGAGGGUCAUCCCGGGAAGGAGGGACCCCCCGGCACCAAGGGCAACCAGGGCCCCUCAGGUCCCCAGGGCCCCAUCGGCUAACCCCGCCCCCGCGGGGUGAAGGGCAGGGGAGUGGACGGCAUCCGGGGGCUGAAAGGACACAAGGGUGAGAAGGGCGAGGAAGGCUUCCCCGGCUUCAAGGGGGACAUGGGCGUGAAAGGAGACCGGGGCGAAAUCGGCGUGCCGGGCUCCCGGGGUGAGGACGGACCCGAAGGUCCCAAGGGACGGACGGGACCCACCGGUGACCCCGGUCCCAUCGGGCUGGUGGGAGAGAAGGGGAAGCUGGGAGUGCCAGGCCUGCCCGGCUACCCAGGACGUCAGGGUCCCAAGGUGAGCGUGAUGGCCGGAGCCGCUGGCGAAUCUGGCCCCAUGGGGGAGAGAGGCCACCCGGGCCCCCCCGGCCCCCCAGGAGAGCAAGGGCUACCGGGACCAUCUGGCAAGGAGGGCACCAAGGGAGACCCCGGCCCCACUGGCUCCCCCGGGAAGGACGGUCCCGCCGGCUUGCGGGGUUUCCCCGGUGAGCGGGGUCUGCCCCCCUCGCAGGGCGGCCCAGGGCUGAAGGGCAACGAGGGACCAGCGGGACCCCCAGGACCCGCAGGCUCCCCUGGGGAGAGAGGUGGCCCGGGGCAAGGUGGUCCCGUUGGCCCCCCAGGACGACCAGGACCACAGGGACCACCGGGCCCUGCCGGAGAGAAAGGAGUUCCCGGUGAGAAGGGCCCCAUGGGUCCCGCUGGCCGGGAUGGCGUUCAGGGUCCUGUGGGUUUACCUGGCCCAGCCGGCCCCCCCGGCGGCCCCGGGGAGGACGGUGACAAGGGUGAGGUGGGCGAGCCGGGACAGAAGGGCAGCAAAGGCAACAAGGGCGAGCACGGUCCUCCUGGUCCCCCUGGGCCCAUCGGGUCAGUCGGGCAGCCCGGAGCCGCUGGUGCCGACGGGGAACCGGGUGCCAGGGGUCCCCAGGGACAUUUCGGGGCCAAGGGUGACGAGGGGACACGGGGCUUCAACGGUCCCCCUGGCCCCAUCGGCCUCCAGGGUUUGCCGGGGCCGGCUGGUGAGAAGGGUGAAACGGGUGAUGUUGGCCCCAUGGGCCCGCCGGGCCCCCCAGGUCCCCGUGGCCCAGCUGGACCCUCUGGAGCUGACGGACCCCAGGGACCCCCUGGAGGUGUUGGGAACCUGGGACCUCCUGGUGAGAAGGGGGACCCCGGUGAAUCGGGAGCCCCGGGAAUCCAAGGGGAGCCAGGAGUCAAGGGCCCACGAGGAGAGCGAGGGGAGAAGGGAGAAGCCGGAGCUGCCGGUGCUGCUGGGCCACCUGGAGGGAAAGGGCCCCCCGGCGACGACGGGCCCAAGGGCAACCCCGGUCCCGUUGGCUUCCCAGGCGAUCCCGGACCCCCAGGUGAAAUGGGUCCCAGGGGCCAGGAUGGCGCCAAGGGCGAGCGUGGGGAGGACGGCGAGCCCGGGGAGCCGGGCUCACCGGGUCCGACAGGCGAGAACGGUCCUCCUGGUCCCCUGGGGAAGAGGGGCCCAGCUGGCUCCCCCGGCCCCGAGGGGCGUCAGGGCGAGAAGGGCGCGAAGGGAGAACCAGGCGCAGUGGGUGCUCCUGGCAAGACCGGUCCCGUGGGUCCCCAGGGCCUUGCUGGGAAGCAGGGCCCCGACGGUCUCAGAGGUCUGCCUGGCUCGGUGGGAGAACAAGGCAAACCGGGUACCACAGGCCAGGCUGGGCCACCAGGACCGGUGGGUCCCCCGGGUCUCCCCGGCCUCAAAGGUGACACCGGUGCCAAAGGAGAGAAGGGCCACCCUGGUCUCAUCGGCCUGAUCGGACCCCCAGGGGAGCAGGGGGAGAAGGGAGACCGAGGUCUCCCCGGCCCCCAGGGCUCCACGGGGCAGAAAGGAGAAACUGGGAUCCCUGGUGCUACUGGACCCAUCGGCCCCGCCGGCCCCCCCGGACUUCCCGGCCCAGCUGGUCCCAAAGGUGCCAAGGGAGCCAUGGGUCAAGCAGGACCCAAAGGUGAACGUGGACCCCCAGGACCCCCUGGACACCCGGGUCCCCCUGGGGAGGUGAUCCAGCCCCUGCCAAUCCAGCUGCCCAAGAAGAGCAAGCGCUCCAUUGACGCCAGCAAGCUGGUGGACGAAGAGGAGGGUGAGGAUGGAGAGAGACCUGCCGCCGACCAGGCGUCUCGUGACUACGCCGACGGCAUGGAGGAGAUCUUCGGCUCCCUCAACUCCCUCAAGCAGGAGAUCGAGGGGCUGCGGCGCCCAAUGGGCACCCGAGACAACCCUGCCCGCACCUGCCAGGACCUGCAGCUCAGCCACCCUGGCCUGCCUGAUGGCGAAUACUGGAUUGACCCCAACCAAGGCUGCGCUCGAGACUCUUUCAAGGUUUACUGCAACUUCACCGCAGGUGGGGAGACCUGCGUCUUUCCCAGCAAGGAUGUACAGGAGGUGAAGAUGGCGGCGUGGGAGAAGGAGGUGCCCCAGCGGUGGUUCAGUCAGUUCCAGGAGGGCAGCAGGUUCUCCUACACGGACUCGGAGAGCCAGCCCCUUGGCGUGGUGCAGCUGACCUUCCUACGGCUCCUCAGCGUCUCUGCCCGCCAGAACUUCACCUACCACUGCCAUCGCUCGGUGGCCUGGCACAGCACCACCUCUGGGGACCACCAGCGUGCCCUCCGCUUCCUGGCUGCCAAUGAGGAGGAGCUCAGCUACGACACCAGCCCCUACAUCAAAGCUGUGAUGGACGGCUGCGCGGCACGGAAGGGCUCCAGCCGAACGGUGCUAGAGGUGAGCACGCCCCGCCUGGAGCAGCUCCCGCUGCUGGACGUGCGCAUCAUGGACUUCGGCGAGCCCGGCCAGAGGUUUGGGUUCGAGGUGGGCCCAGUCUGUUUCCUCGGCUAG